UGAUUGUUGUCGAGUCUCUCCGGUGUCUCCCGUGUCCGGUGUCAGGCUGCGGCUCUCUCGGACAGGACUGGUCGUGAUGGUGCGGAGCGCCGUGCUGCUGCUGCUGCUGCUGCUGCCCGGACUGGCAGCGUGGUGCCGGGCAGAGGUCCCUCCUCCUACGGUGAACAUCAGCCUGGAUGAGGAUCCAGAAGUGCGCUGGAAGCCGCUUCUGACCGUCUUCGACUUGGACUACCUGAAGAAAGCUGGCGCAGAGGUCAUUGAUUCUACAAUUCCAAAAUGGGUGCAUCAUGCAGUCAUACCUAUUGUGCAGUCCUUGGAGAAGUACGUUCCUCAGCCUUAUGCCGGGGAGAUCCGCGGCUUAGCCUCACACAUGGGAGGAAACCUGGCCGACAGCAUCAUGCUCAACUUUGCCUAUGAAGUGUCUGCAUUUUGCACUAGCAUCAUAGCUCAGGACAAAGAUGGCGUCCUGUACCACGGCAGGAAUCUUGAUUACCCACAUUCUGUUCUGAAGAAUCUGACUGUCAACGUAGUGUUCCUCAAGAAUGGAGAGGUGGCGUACACCGGAACAACAUUUGCUGGCUAUGUUGGCUUGUGGACCGGACAGAGCCCUCAUAAGUUCACUAUCUCAGGUGACCAGCGAGGCACCGAACAUUGGUGGAACUGGUGGAAGAAUUUUAUGUCUGCUUUCCUGUAUCGGAGAUCUCCAGUCAGCUGGCUGUUCAGGGAGACACUGGAGGAAGCAGAGGACUUUCAGGAUGCAGUGAUGCGUUUGUCAAAAACUCCCCUCAUCGCUGGGGUGUAUUACAUCGUAGGCGGGGUGCGUGCAGGGGAAGGUGUCGUGAUCACCAGAGAUCGAGAAGGCGCCGCUGAUAUCUGGCCACUGGACCCUGUGAAUGGAAAUUGGUACAGAGUGGAGACGAACUUUGACCACUGGCUUCCUCCUCCAGCCACAGAUCAUCGAAGAGAGGCAGCCAACAAAGCACUAAAUGCUACGGGCCAAGAUCACAUCAACAUGGAGACACUAUAUCAGGUUCUGUCGCUGCCUCCAGUGUGUAAUAGCAUUACUGUGUACACGACGCUAAUGAGUGCAGCAGCCCCCGAGAAGUACAGCACACUUGUCAGGCCGCAGGGCUGCAAAGAACAACUGACAGACAUGGAGCAGUAAACAGCGCACAGAUUUCUCCUGCACGUUGUUGCAACUUCACACACUGGUUUUACACUGAUUCAUGACCAUGUGGAAAUUGUGUAAUUAUUGAGAUUUACAAGGGAAUUGGAAAGUUUUAGGGUAGCAGUGCUUCUACUAGAACAAGAUUUGUUAUAAUCAUUUUUAUCACCUUAUGUAAGUGCAAUUUGCAUUUUAAGCUCAAUAAAUGUUUUAUUUACCUAAAAGAUUGUGAUCAUCCAGACUCACCUGUAAUCUGACUAAUUAAUAUCGUUGUCACUUUGGAAAUAUGAAUCAUUAAAUCUUACUUUAGAGUUGAUGUUAUGUUUCCAGGUGCCUUUGGUCUUUUAUUGUGGUAGACUCUUUGUAGUCUCUGUGAGGAGUGAUGGCUUGUGUUGUUCUGACUACAGCUGACUGAAGAGGAGCUCCAGAUCGCACCUGUCUGUCAUCUCAGCUGGUUGGUCUGGAGCUUCGGUCCUGCACUCCAGGCCCACUUCCUCUCACAGUCAGGGCAGCUGUGAUUUAACAUGACCAGAUUGCCUUUGUGCCUCUCGUGUCUUUUGUGCUUUAUGUUAAUACAUAACUCCUGUUAACAGCUUUGUGACUGAGUUUGGUGUUACUCCUCUUGUAAUUUCUGUGUUUUUUGUAGCUACUGAAACAUGGUGGCUCGCUCUGGGGCACUUGUAUGUUUGGCUUAUUCUUUGCACCUUGCACAAUUUUGUUCAUUACUUUUGUUAGCCAUGAAUGUUGCUACCUUGGCUUUAAGUUUGGCUAAGGAGUUUAGUCUUUUGCUAUUUUAUCUAGAGUGAAACAGGUUUUAUUUGGUUAGUUGAUUUUGUAAUACCCACCAGCACUGUUUCUUUGCAGUUUUAUCUCCUUUCUUUUAAUCAUGUCACUGAGCAAUAAAUGACUUUACCAAAUCAAGAA